GUAGGUCAUGUAUAAACACAAACUCACUUCCUUGAAAACUUCCUUCAAAUUAGCUCUGCUUAACAGUUCUGCGCUGCUAUACGAAGCGCAAGAAGUAUGAAUGCUCUGACUUCUGCAGAGACUGUAUCACGGUUUAAAUGCUGCACAGCCAAUGCAGAGGACAGAUUGACCAUGUAACUCCUUUAACUCUAACUAACGCUUGCUUGACCAAGAGAGUUGUUUAGUGUUUUUUUUACAUGUAGACAAAUAGAACCAACAGCCCUGAAUGGAAUUGUAUGCAUACAAACGACGCUGAAACCAUGUUCCCGACAAACUUUGCAUGGGGCGCGGCUACAGCCGCUUAUCAAAUCGAGGGUAUGUAAUAAGAAUUUGUCUGGCGCCGGCGGUCAAACUGUACACGUGAUUUUUUUUGUGCAUUUGUAGAUACAGUAAUUUGAUUAGGAAAGCUAAUCCGCGUCCCUGAGACGAGCUUCUCUGGCCAAACGCGAGAAGUAGGCUAGCCUACACAAACACAACUGCUUGCUACCGGUAGGCUACAGUUGGAUCUGUAAUGCAGAAGGGGGACUAACUCAAGAGUUUAUCUCAACCACUGUAUCAUGUCUUGAUAGUAGCCUAAUAGUUAAUUAUUAAUGAAGUUAUGUAUACAUUUAACUACAGAAUGAGGAACUAUAGACUCACAGUAGCCUAUAUAUUUACAGUGCAUUCGGAAAGUAUUCAGACCCCUUCACUUUUUCCUAAUUUUGUUACAUUACAGCCUUAUUCUAAAAUGUAUUAAAUUGUUUCCCCCCCUCAUCAGUCUACACACAAUACCCCAUAAUGACAAAUAAAAAACAGGUUUCUAUACAUUUUUGCAAAUGUAAAAAAAAAGAAAAAAAAGAUUAAAUUUACAUAAGUAUUACAACCCUUUACUCAGAACAUUGUUGAAGCACCUUUGGCAGCGAUUACAGCCUCAAGUCUUCUUGGGUAUGACGCUACAAGCUUGGCACACUUAUAUUUUGGGAGUUUCUCCCAUUCUUCUCUGCAGAUCCUCUCAAGCUCUGUCAGGUUGGAUGGGGAGCGUCGCUGCACAGCUAUUUUCAGGUCUCUCCAGAGAUGUUAGAUCGGGUUCAAGUCCGGGCUCUGGCUGGGCCACUCAAGGACAUUCAGGGACUUGUCCCGAAGCCACUCCUGCGUUGUCUUGGCUGUGUGCUUGGGGUCGUUGUCCUGUUGGAAGGUGAACCUUCACCCCAGUCUGAGGUCCUGAGCGCUCUGCAGCAAAUUUUCAUCAAGGAUCUCUCUGUACUUUGCUCCGUUCAUAUUUCCUUCGAUCCUGACUAGUCUACCAGUCCCUGCCGCUGAAAAACAACCCCACAGCAUGAUGCUGCCACCACCAUGCUGCAACAUAGGGAUGGUAUUGGCCAGGUAAUGAGCGGUGCCUUGUUUCCUCCAGACGUGACGCUUGGCAUUCAGGUCAAAGAGUUCCAUCUUAGUUUCAUCAGACCAGAGAAUCUUGUUUCUCAUGGUCUGAGAGUCCUUUAGGUGCCUUUUGGCAAACUCCAAGUGGGCUGUCAUGUGCCUUUUAUUGAGUAGUGGCUUCCGUCUGGCCACUCUACCAUAAAGGCCUGAUUGGUGGAGUGCUGCAGAGAUGGUUGUCCUUUUGGAAGUUUCUCCCAUCUCCACAGAGGAACUGGAGCUCUGUCAGAGUGACCAUCAGGUUCUUGGUCACCUACCUGACCAAGGCCCUCCUCCCUUGAUUGCUCGGUUUGGCCGGCGGCCAGCUCUUGGAAGAGUCUUGGUGGUUCCAAACUUCUUCCAUUUAAGAAUGAUGGAGGGCACUGUGUUCUUGGGGACCUUCAAUGCUGUAGAAAUGUUUUGGUACCCUUCCCCAGGUCUGUGCCUCGACACAAUCCUGUCUCGGAGCUCUACGGACAAUUCCUUCGACCUCAUGGCUUGGUUUUUACUCUGACAUGCACUGUCAACUGUGGGACCUUGUAUAGACAGGUGUGUGCCUUUCCAAAUCAUGUCCAAUCAAUUGAUUUGAUCACAGGUGGACUCCAAUCAAGUUGUAGAACAGCUCAAGGAUGAUCAAUUAUUUUAUUUUAUAAAUUUACAAACAUUUCUAAAAACCUGUUUUCGCUUUGUCAUUAUGGGUUAUUGUGUGUAGAUUGAUGAGGAAAACAAUUUAAUCCAACAUUUGGAAAAAGUGAAGGGGUCUGAAUACUUUCCAAAGGAUACAGUACAAUAAGUAUUUUUAGGAAUUGUAGGCCUUUAAUAGACAUAAAAAUAAAAAUAAUAAAACAGUGCGUUAUGCGUGAUCAAUACUGCUAUGAAAUUAACCUUGCAGGAGGCUGGGAUGCGGAUGACAAGGGACCAAGCAUUUGGGACACGUUCUGUCACGAGGGGGGCAGACUAGUGUUGGAGGGCCAGAGUGGAGAUGUCACCUGUAACAGCUAUGAGCUCUGGGAAGAGGACCUCCGAUGUAUCCGCCAGCUAGGCCUGACCCACUACCGCCUGUCUCUGUCCUGGUCCCGCCUGCUACCGGAGGGGACAACACGACAUGUCAAUCAAAAAGGUAGCCGUGUAGUCAGGGGACCCAUCUUGAAGACUUACCUUGAGACUAUUUAGUGGUUACUUAGGAUUAAGAUUCCUCCAGUAUUUAUUUGUGGUGAAUGGCUAUGACAUAUGGUAUGAUAUUAAAAAUAUAUAUAUAUCAUACGUUAUUGUGUUUCGACCAGGCUUUUGUUUAUGUAAACAAUGCAGUACCACAAACUCUGUCAAGGGCUCUGGACCCUUUUGUCUUGUAAACCUAAUUUGGCCUUGAUACCCAUGAUUUACUACUAAGCUACGUGUCUCUGUCCUGCAGGUUUGCGAUACUACAACAAAGUGAUCAAUGAUUUGCUGGCUAGUGACGUGUUGCCCAUGGUUACCCUGUACCACUUUGACCUGCCACAAGCUCUCCAAGACCAGGGAGGUUGGAAAUCACCUGAGAUGGCGGCCAUCUUUGACAGCUACGCCCGCUUCUGCUUUGAAACGUUCGGGGACCGUGUGAAACUGUGGAUCACUUUGAACGAGCCGUACGUGUGCGCUAAACUGGGCCACGAGGAUGGCAUCUUUGCCCCAGGGGUAAAAGAACCAGGGAUUGCUGCCUACCUGGUUGGCCACAACAUGCUACGUGGCCAUGCCAGGGCCUGGCACAGCUACAACGUACUCUACAGGGCAAAACAGGGUGGCUCGGUGUCCUUAGCGAUUAAUAGUGACUGGGCUGAACCGUUGGACCCGGCCAGCCCUGAUGACACGGCCGCCACUGAACGAUACCUGGCCUUUACACUAGGUUGGUUUGCGUGGCCCUUGUUUGUUACUGGAGACUACCCAGAAGUGAUGAGGUCUAGUAUUGAGGUCAGAAGCAAAGAACUGGGUUACCAAGAAGGUUCUAGACUGCCCAGGUUCUCCAAGGACGAGCCUAGUCUUCUCGGCACGGCUGACUUUUUUGCGUUGAACUACUAUACAUCUCGAAGGGUGAAGCCGGGUGAAGGCUGUCCAGGGGUGUUGGGGUUGAAGAGUGACCAGGAUGCAGAAGGGGUGGUGGACCCGUCCUGGCCGGUAUGUGGAGUGUCAUGGCUGGCUGUGGUUCCUGACGGCCUGAGGAAACUGCUGAUGUACGUUAAGGUAAAGAGGACCAGGGUCCUGUUCCAAUACUUACAAAAAAUAAAACAACGUUUUAAAAGUUCCACCUCACCACUUCCUCCAAUCCACAUCAUGUCAGAUCAGUGAUUACUUUAAGGAAAGUACACAUUUUUUAAAUAUCCGAACAGUGCCCAGGUUAAUAGGGUAGGCUCGAUUCGAAAGCAGUCAAUUCAGAGGAUUAAAUUAAGUUUGAGAAUCAAUCAUUUCCCAUGAUUUUCCAUUUAAGGAUUAUUCGAUUCUUGAAUUGAAUCACCUGCCUUGAGCCAAUCAAAUUGAGCCAAACCUUUAGUGAGGAGAAAACAUUUAACAUUAAUAGAGUUGCUUGCUAUUGUUUGUUUUUUUGCACAGUAAACAGAUGGAGGACCCAUUACAGUUGUCACAUUGAAUUGUGUCACAUUGAUUGCUUGAAGUGUAAACAGUUUUUUGAGAAUGAGAAAUAUCCUGCUGUCGCGGGUUGUCACAGGGGUAAAUCGAUUUGAAUCCAAUUUAGCUAGUACCCCAUUUUAAAUUGAAAUGUUAUUGAAAUGGUAACUUCUAAUACCACAAAGAGGACCGCCAGUCCACCCACCAUCGAAUGUCAAUUUAAAUGGUCAUGUCUUUUCUAUGAUCUAUAUUUGUAUGAUUUCGAUAGGUUUCCUAUGGAGUUUAAUUUAAAACAACAUAUUCCCAUUCAAGUCAACAUUCUCUGAUGUGUGGCCCUCCAACCAUCUUUGUGCAACGAAACCAACAAAAGCCAGAACACACACACACACACACACACACACACACCCCACUGUACUUUAAAGCCUUCCACUGUGUUGUUUGACUGUCAUUAUUGAACUGCAUGUCUUGUUGGACAAUGAUAGCUACCGCUUUCUUUCACAGGACACAUUCAACAACCCUGCGAUCUACAUCACAGAAAAUGGCUUCUCCCAGAUGGGGCCAGUGGACAUGGAAGACGUCCAGCGCUGUGGGUUUUACCAUGACAUCAUCCAGGAAGUAGCCAGAGGUAAUGACCAGAAAGUGGCCGCUAUAGAGCUGCCGUAUAUUAUGGAGAAUCUAUAAUUAUUUAAUGUGAAUUUAUUCUGAAAUUCAAUCCAGUCACUACUUGUACUAUCUCAACCUCUGAAGGUUUGCUUCGCACAUAAAAUCAUAGUAUUUAUGCAUGAUCCACAAUCUAAGUUACAGGGGGCUGAGUGACUUGAAUCCUUCUUUGAUGAACCUGUUCUGUUGAAUUAGGUACAGUAUGUAGGCUAUUUCACGUCAAUGGAGAAGGUUGAGCGAGAGACUACAGCAAUCAUAAUACAACGGGAUCUUGUCCUUUUGUAAUGUGUGAACAAAGUAUUUUCACAUUACACCUUAAUGCGCACUGUCACAUGUAUGUUUUAUAAAAAUCCCAUGUAUGUUAUUCACUUGUUGUUUGUCUCUCUGUUCUAGCUCUCAGAGAGGAUGGUGUUGACGUUCGAGGCUAUUUCGCCUGGUCUCUCCUGGAUAACUUUGAAUGGGCCGACGGGUUCAGCGUUCGAUUCGGCCUGUUCCACGUGGACUUCUCUCGACCGGAGCGACCACGGACCCCGUACCGCUCUGGAAGGGAGUACGCCGGCAUCAUUUCCAAGUACAGAUCUCAGACCAGGGCAAAUAACUAAACAGCCAAUGGGCACAGUGUGAAUCAGCCAAUAAUAGCUAUUUUUUGCUCAAUGUUCUGUUCUAAUCGAUUGCAACCAAGCUUGGUCCAUUGCAAUGUUCCUACAGGCAAUUUUGAAUUGAAGCCCAUCAGAAACAGAUUGUAGUUGUGAAGUCUUUAAGACAUUCCUUUUCACCACUUUUCUCUGUCAACCCUGAAAAUGUUUUGUAAAACUAAGCUUAUUUGGCUUCCUUUGCAAUAAAGUGAUUUUGUC